AUGAAGGAAGUCUUGCUACUGUCUGCGACAUGUCUUCUACUUUUGUGUUUGCACAACGUUUGCGCAGUGGAUUGCAGUUGGGGUAGUUGGAGUUCAUGUAGUGUUGAAUGUGGAAAUGGCACCAGAACUCGGCAGAUUAUAAGUGGUCAGAUGUGUACAGGACCAUCGACUGAGAUCUGCAUAGUCACAUCUUGUAUGGCUACCAAUCUAGCCGCUUCUCUUGCAGCAACGGUGACCAUUAGUUCAGUCUAUAGUUCUGACUUUGUUUCUGGAAAGGCUAUAGAUGGCAAUCCAAAAGAUGUUACUGGACAGACACUUGUUGGUACUGAUUGUGCUGCUUCAAAACAUUCUUUGAAUCCUUGGCUUCGAGUUGACUUGCAAAAGGAAUAUUUUGUUUCACGUGUUAGAGUUAUCACUAUAAGUGAUAGAGGUGAAAAUGUGUAUGUUCAUGUUGGUAACAACUUAACAAACAAUGGGAAUGACAACCACAAUUGUGGAAAGGCUCCAUAUGACAGCUCUAAUAAUUUGAAUGCAAUAUGGCGAGAUGUUAGCUGCAGUCCACCAGUUUGGGGGAGAUACAUUAAUUUACAGAGAAUAGUGACAAAUGACAUUCUUCAUGUAUGUGAGGUGGCUUUCAACUAUGAGUUGGAGAUUGCUAUUCUAGACAAUAAUAUGAAUAUUGAAGGAACAAGUGUGACAGUUGAUGAGAAUCAAGAUUACUCUAAUCCUAUUGAUUGUGGUGUCAGUCCUGAUGUGACCAACUUUAAUGCUCUCUUGCAAUGGAAACACAACACAAACAAUGACGUACCAUCUUCAAGUCUACAGAAUGCUGGUGUAUAUCAGGUGUAUGAGAAUGGUGUGCAGCGGCUCUACAUCAAGUCAACUAGUGCCUCUGACAGUGGAGUGUAUACAUGUCAAUAUACCACAAUUGAUGGCUCUAUAGUGUCAAAGUCGUUUACAUUGAAUGUUAUUGUGGUUAUGGUUCCUCUGGAGUAA